AUGGAAAGAAAUAAUGAGAGCUCUGGAAACUUCAUUCUGCUUGGGUUCUCUGACCAGCCAAAGCUGGGGAUGGUCUUGUUUUUCACUAACAUGGUGUUUUACUUUCUGGCUAUCACGGGCAACUCGUCCAUCAUCUUCCUGUCCCUGGUGGACCCUCGACUGCACACACCUAUGUACUUCUUCCUCUGCAACCUGUCCCUCCUGGAUCUCUGUUACACCUCUAGCAGCAUUCCUCAGAUGCUGGUCAACCUCUGGGGCCCACAAAAGACCAUCACUUAUAUUGGUUGUGUCAUACAACUCUUUGCAUUCCUGUCUGUGGGUGGCAUUGAAUGCAUUCUUCUUUCUGUCAUGGCCUAUGACCGCUUUGUGGCUGUUUGCAAGCCUCUUCACUACAUGACCAUCAUGCACCCACAGCUGUGCCUGCGACUGGCAGCCUGUGCCUGGGUCACUGGGAUUGCCAAUUCCAUCCUCAUGUCCCCACUGACAAUGUCCCUGGAGCGGUGUGGUCACCAUCACAUCAACCACUUUGUGUGUGAGAUGCCAGCCAUCAUCCGCAUUUCCUGCGUGGACACUAGGCGUGUUGAAGGCCUGGCUUUCUUCUUGGCCAUCCCCAUUGUCCUGGUGCCCCUCACCAUAAUACUGGUUUCCUAUGGCUAUAUUGUAGCCACGGUUCUGCGGAUCCAGUCUGCAGCUGGGAAGCGCAAGGCCUUCAACACCUGCUCUUCCCACAUGAUUGUAGUUAUUCCAUUGUGUAUACUACGUGGCAAUGUAGUGUCUCUCUUCUAUAGCACUAUAAUCUACAUGUACAUGCAGCCUGGGAAUGUGGCAAGCCAGGACCAGGGCAAGUUCCUAACCCUCUUCUACUGUCUAGUGACCCCCACUCUGAAUCCUUUCAUCUACACACUGAGAAACAAAGAUGUGAAGGGAGCCAUGUGGAAGGUUCUUGGGAAAGACCACAGCCUGUCGGAUGCAAGAGGGCACUGA